AUGGCGAACCGAGGGAGGACUCUUGACCAGCAGGUCUACUGCAUCAAAGACCUAGAGCGAAUUGGCUCGGCCAAAAUGGAGAAGAGCUAUCGGGAAUACUACAAUGAGGGUGCCAUGGAUCUGAUCACACUACGAGCGAACGAAUCCGCCUACGAUCGAUACAUGAUCCGUCCUCGCGUCCUGCGCAAACUGUCCACCCUCGACACCAGCACGACAAUCGUCGGAUGCAAGGUCAAGUUCCCCUUUGGGUUCUCCCCAACCGCCCACCAGAAGCUAGCCCAUCCGGAUGGAGAAGAAGCUACGUCAAGAGCUUGCGCGAACCUCGAUACCCUGAUGGGCUUGUCGAAUUACUCCACAAUCGAGCUUGAGAAGGUUAUAUCGCACAGCAAGGGAAACCCCUACGUGAUGCAAAUGAGUUUGUUGAAGAACAAGGAUGCCAUGGUUAGAAUGAUCAAACGCGCUGAGGCUGCUGGCUUCAAGGCCUUGUUUGUAACGCUCGACGUACCCUACCUAGGUCGUCGACUAAACGAGUUCCGAAACAACUUCGGCGUGCCCCAGGGCAUGGAAUACCCGAACCUUUUCCCUGGUGUUGAUGUGACGAAUCUCGAGGACGGCGACGACUCAAUGGCUUACGACAACGACAUCGAAUGGUCCGACAUCAUGCCCUUCUUCCGGAAACACACGAAAAUGCAGAUCUGGGGCAAAGGCAUUUACACGGCGGCGGACGCGGAAUUAGCCAUACAGCACGGAUUCGACGGCAUCGUCAUCUCAAACCACGGCGGCCGCCAACUAGACAGCGUCCCCGCUUCCCUCGAUGUCCUCCGCGAGGUCGUCCCCGUUGCAAAGGGCAAGAUCCCCAUUGCCGUUGACGGCGGUAUCAGGCGUGGUACGGACAUCUUUAAGGCUCUUGCGCUCGGCGCGGACUUUUGUCUUGCUGGGAGACCGGCCAUUUGGGGAUUAGCGUAUGACGGGCAACGCGGCGUGGAGCUUGCCCUCAACCUACUUUAUGAUGAAUUUCGGACGUGCAUGGCCUUGGCUGGUUGCAAGAGCGUGUCCGAGAUCCAGAGGGAGCAUGUCUCGCUCCUGCAGCCGGAUGGCCGCCUCUUGAAGCUUUGA